ACGUCCAGCACACACAGCCCAGUUUGUGUGUAUACAUAUUUAUUCAAUUAAAUAUUUGCGUUUAAUUAAAAAGGAGUGAAACUGCAAGUUCUGAUUUAUUUGGGUAAACAAACAGUGAGAUCAGUGCGAAUCGAAAGAGAGAGAGCGAGUUUUUUUUGUCACGCUAAUUGAACAAGCGAUUAAUUGAACAAUCAGCUGUUCCAGUGGAAAAUAGGCGAACCUGGAAGGGAUCGCUCGAGUUUUCCUGCCUGCCAGUAGUCCGCUCUGACCCAUUAGUAUUUCAUUUUUCGGGCAAAAACUUGUUUUUCCCCCCACCCCCCACCAAGUCGUCAUCCAUUAAAUGUUUCGUGAAAACUAGUCAGCAAAAAGCACAACAACAAUAAAGCCAGCAACAACUGAGAGAUAAAGAGAGAGCGCGAGAGAGAGAGAGAGCCAUUGGAAUAUGUAUGGCUUGCGCGCGAGUGUGUGGGUGCUGUUCGGUUAUCGGUGUGUGGAAUAAAAACAAUAAAAUUGCAAGGAGAUCGCUGCAUUUUAACCCUCUCUCUGCCCACGCCCCUGCCCCUGCCCCUUAACCCUUCACCGCCCACCCAAAGAAAAAACACACAAAUAUUUUAAUGUACAUGCAUUAAUGGCCAUAAACGUUUUCAAACGAAUUUUGUGUGCGCACAGGUUUAAGUGAAAAGUAGCAGUGCUAAAUUUAUAUAUAUAUGAAACCCAUUCGAAAAGUGCAACAAAGGCCAUAAAAAGGAACUAAAGCAACGGAAAAUCAACGCAAUUAAAUCACUUCUGGAAUAAUUUCUGCCCGUUUUUAGUGGCCAAUUUAAAAAUAGCUGCGAAAACUGGCAUAAAAUCCAUGCGAACAAUAAUACCCCCUGGAAUCGCAAUCCUUCAAUUUCGAGUGGCUUACGCAUGCCUUUGAAUUCGAACUCGAAUUUGCAUUUUCGCACCCGCACAGCAGCCAGCAGAAGCCAUCGCCGAGAACCCUAUGGAUGACCCAUCAAUCAAAAAACGGUUAAUAGAUUUAUACACUGACGAACAUGAGUACGAUGAAGUUCAGGAGCUGCCAGAAGAGUCAAGCAUUCAGCCCCCGGAGUCAACAGCGAGUAAUCCAAGCACAAACGGUGCCAGCCACUCAGGACCUGGAACUGCAACUGGAUCUGGAGCAACAUCAUCGUCAGCGGUUGCGCCACAGUCACCAGCAAUUGUUGUGGAUUCGGUUCCCGAGCUGCCAGCGCCCAAGCAGAAAUCUGUAAAGAACUCGAAGAGCAAGCAGAAGCAAAAGCAGGUGGCAAACAAGUCCAAGAUACCGCGAUCCCCUUCGCUGGCGAGCAGUUUGAGCAGCCUGGCCAGCAGCCUGAGUGGUCACAGGGAUCGGGACAAAGACAAGGAGAAGGAAAAGGACAAGGAUCGGGAUCGGGAGAAUAACGUGCCACCGCAGACGCCGCCGUUGCCGGCGAGCUACAAGCAGAGCCAGAUGAAUGGUGACACCACAACUGCAGCUGGUGGUGGUGUUUCUGCCCCAGCCACGCCCACAUCCGCCAACAAUAACAAUGGGGGCGUGCAAUCGAAUCCGAGUCACUCGGACAACGCCAAUCCCGUUCUCCAGGCGCCGCCGGGGGAGCGCAGCAGUCUCAAUCUGACACCGCUCUCCCGGGAGCUGGGCGGUGGUGGUGGUCAUUCCCAGGAACCCACGACGCCAGCGACCACGCCGACGACGCCGAGCCUAGCAUUACCAAAAAAUUUUCAGUAUUUAACCCUGACUGUGCGCAAGGAUGGCAACGGAUACGGAAUGAAGGUUUCCGGUGACAAUCCUGUGUUUGUGGAAAGCGUUAAACCCGGAGGUGCGGCCGAAGUUGCCGGCCUGGUUGCUGGCGAUAUGAUACUAAGGGUAAAUGGCCAUGAAGUGCGACUAGAAAAACAUCCCACAGUGGUGGGUCUUAUAAAAGCCUCGACCACCGUGGAACUGGCGGUGAAACGAAGUCAGAAAAUGACGCGACCUUCCUCGGUGUCUGUGGUAACGCCUUCGACACCGAUUCUAUCUGGACGAGAUCGCACUGCUUCCAUAACUGGGCCGCAGCCAGUAGAUAGUAUCAAACGCAGGGAGAUGGAGACGUACAAGAUCCAGACGCUGCAGAAAAUGCUGGAGCAGGAGAAACUAAAUCUGGAGCGUUUGAAGAGCGAUCAGAACAAUCCGAGCUACAAGCUGUCCGAGGCGAACAUACGUAAACUGCGCGAGCAACUGCAUCAAGUGGGAGCCGAGGAUGCACCGACUGUUAAACUUCAGACGGCCGCUGGCAAUAAGAACACAGCAUUACUAACGCCCAACCAAAUCCAACACUUGUCCGCGUCCGCCACUGCCACUCACAGCAAUCAGCAACAAUUCCAUCAUCUUCACCACCACCACAAUCUCCACCACAACAACAAUUAUCCGCCACAGCAACAGGCAGCUAGCACCUCACCCGCCUUCCUGUCCCUCCUGCCGCGUUCCCUUUCGUCCUUGUCGCUGGGCACGCGUAAGAAUAAGAUCGAAAAGGACCUAAACGUCUCCUCUCCAUUUGGCCUGACGACGGAAUUCCUGCAGCAGCAGAGGAUGAGCCACCAGGGGGAGUCCAUGUCGCAGUCGAUGCAUCAGCACACCAGUACGCCACCAACCUCGCAGCAGCAGUUCUUCCAUCCUCACCAGCAGCAGCAUCGUUUCAAGGACUCUGGAUCGUCGUCGUCGAAGGGCAAGAAUAAGUUCUUGAUUUCAAGGAGUUUAAUCGAGGAGGAUGUGCCGCCACCACUGCCGCAAAGGAACCCGCCCAGGCAAUUAAAUUUGGACCUGAAGAAUGGAAAUGCCUCGCCGGGUGGCUCGCAUCUGGUGGCUCCCGUUUCCGAUCUGGAUCGCGCAACCAGUCCACAGCUAAACAGAUCCCAACAGCAGUUGCCCAGCAGCACGGACAACAGUCCCAGCAAUGCCAAGUCGAAGCGUUCCAAGAUUAAAACGAAAGCCCUUUCGGAUCCCAAGAUGUCCACCCAGAUGUUCCUGCAAAUGGAAUCGGCGAGUGCGGCGGGAGCAGCCGGCGGGUCCAUCGAAGUGGAUGGAGGUCCACCACCGUUGCCGCCUCGUUUACCUGGCAUGAUGACGGAGGACAUGAGCCGCGGCAGCUGUCAGAAUCUCGCUCAACCCAAUUCCGUGGGCACUGCCUUUAAUUAUCCUCUGGUUUCCACCACUACGGCCGUGCAGAAUGACAACCUGAAUAUUGCUUUUCCGCUAUCACAGCGGCCCAAUAUUGUGCAACAGUUGCAGCAAUAUCAACAGCAGCAGCAGCAACAUCAUCAGUUGAGCGGUGGCCAGGCCACAGGCGCUUUGGGACAGACACCGAAUAUGGUGAAAAACAAGCAUCGACGCGUUGGCUCUUCACCGGACAAUAUGCAUCCGCGACAUCCGGAUCGUUUAACGAAAACCACUUCGGGUUCGUGGGAGAUUGUUGAGAAGGAUGGCGAAUCAUCGCCGCCCGGCACACCGCCUCCGCCAUAUUUAUCCAGCUCGCACAUGACCGUUCUCGAAGAUCCCAACGAGAAUUGUCGCGGAGCAGCCGGAAGCGGAGUCUUUAUCGAGUCGCAUCAGUUUACGCCGAUGGCGGGAGCCUCUUCUCCGAUCCCAAUAGCCCUACAUUCCGGCCACUUGCAUGCGGCCCAGUCGAACGAUACGCAGAAGGAGAUCAUCUCGAUGGAGGACGAGAAUUCGGAUUUGGAGGAGCCCUUCAUCGACGAGAACGGACCGUUCAACAACCUGACCCGUUUGUUGGAGGCCGAGAACGUGACCUUCCUGGCCAUCUUCCUGAACUACGUGAUCUCGAACUCGGAUCCCGCGCCAUUACUCUUCUACCUGAUCACCGAGCUGUACAAGGAGGGCACCUCGAAGGAUAUGCGCAAGUGGGCCUACGAGAUCCACUCGACAUUCCUUGUGCCGCGUGCUCCGCUGUCUUGGUAUCGCCAGGAUGAAUCGCUGGCCCGCGAGGUGGACAAUGUCCUGCAGUUGGAGUUCGACAAGGUGGAGAUCCUACGCACUGUUUUCCUACGCAGUCGCAAGCGGGCCAAGGAUCUGAUCAGCGAGCAACUGCGCGAGUUCCAGCAGAAGCGCACUGCCGGUCUGGGCACCAUCUAUGGACCCACCGACAGCAAGCUGGCCGAGGCGAAGACGGACAAGCUAAAGGAGCAAAUCAUCGACAAAUAUUUGAUGCCCAAUCUGCAAGCGCUGAUUGAGGAUGAGAAUGGCUUACCGCAUGAGGAUGUCCGCAAAGUGGCCUUGUGUUCGGCUCUUUCCACGGUCAUCUACCGAAUUUUCAACACUCGUCCGCCGCCGAGCAGCAUUGUCGAGCGGGUCCAUCACUUUGUGAGCAGAGACAAGAGCUUCAAGUCGCGCAUAAUGGGCAAAAAUCGCAAGAUGAAUGUUCGUGGUCAUCCAUUGGUAUUGCGUCAAUACUAUGAAGUGACGCACUGCAAUCAUUGUCAGACGAUUAUCUGGGGUGUGAGUCCGCAAGGUUAUCAUUGUACAGACUGUAAAUUAAAUAUACACCGUCAAUGCUCUAAGGUAGUUGACGAGAGUUGUCCCGGUCCCCUGCCCCAGGCAAAACGUCUCGCCCACAACGAUAAAAUCAGUAAAUUCAUGGGCAAAAUUCGACCGCGCACCAGCGACGUAGUUGGAAAUGAAAAACGCAGUCGGCAAGACGAGGAUUUGGAUGCUGAGUUGACUCCAGAUCGCGGUCAAACGUCGAUUGUGCGUCAACCCUCGGAUCGCCGGCCGGAUGGAAACAUAUCGAUGCGCUCGAAUGGCAACACAUCCUGCAACACUUCGGCGCUGAACACCACCGAUCUGCAGAGUUCGUUUCACGGCAGCUGCGCCAACGACAGUAUUAAUCCCGGUGGUGGCGCCGGAUGCAACAUGGAUCUGUCCACGAGCGUGGCUUCCACGGCGCCCUCGAGCAGUGGCUCCGUUUCCGCCGGCCUGAGUGUGUUUGCCGAGCUGAAUGCUCUUGAUGCGGUGGAUAAGGAAGCGCGUAGGGAGCGUUACAGUCAGCAUCCGAAGCACAAGAGCGCCCCGGUGUCGGUAAAUCGCUCGGAAUCCUACAAGGAGCGCUUGUCCAACAAGAGGAACCGCAACAGUCGCCGCAAGACCUCUGAUCCAAGUUUGUCGUCGCGUCCCAAUGAUGAGCAACUGGACUUGGGUCUUUCGAAUGCCAACUAUGUGGCCAGUUCCAAUUCUAGUCUCUCUUCGGCUGGCGGCAGCGAGAGUCCCAGCACUUCAAUGGAGCACUUUGCUGCCACGGGAGGUGCAGCGGGUGGUGUCCAGGUGCCGCCGGUGGGACUGAACCAAAGCCAGCAUCCGCACCUGCUCAUCCAGCAGCAUGCCCAGCAGUACUGUCAGCAGGAUUCCUUUCAGGCCGCCGGUUUGGCCGGAGUUGCUGCAAGUAAUGCCGCUAGCAACUCGAGUUUCUGGAAUGCCGGUCACCCGCUGCCCAGGCAAUGGAAUCUGGAGAGCGAGGAUGAGGACGAUGUCAACGAGGCCGACUGGAGUUCCAUGGUGGCCGCCGAGAUGCUGGCAGCCUUGACGGACGCCGAAAAGAAGCGUCAGGAGAUUAUCAAUGAAAUCUAUCAAACUGAACGCAACCAUGUGCGCACCCUCAAGCUGCUGGAUCGUCUGUUCUUCCUGCCGCUCUACGAGAGUGGCUUGCUGUCCCAAGAUCACUUGCUGCUGCUCUUCCCGCCCGCCUUGCUGUCGCUCCGUGAGAUUCACGGCGCCUUCGAGCAGAGCCUGAAGCAGCGACGCAUUGAACACAAUCAUGUGGUUAAUACCAUUGGAGAUCUGCUGGCCGAAAUGUUCGACGGCCAGUCGGGAGUUGUUCUCUGCGAGUAUGCGGCUCAGUUCUGUGCCCGCCAGCAAAUCGCUCUGGAGGCCCUCAAGGAGAAGCGCAACAAGGAUGAGACGCUGCAAAAGUUGCUGAGGAAGUCGGAGUCGCACAAGGCGUGUCGCCGCCUCGAACUGAAGGACCUGUUGCCCACCGUGUUGCAGCGACUCACCAAGUAUCCGCUGCUGUUCGAGAACCUGUACAAGGUGACGGUGCGCUUGCUGCCGGAAAAUACCACCGAAGCGGAGGCGAUCCAACGGGCCGUGGAGUCCUCGAAAAGGAUUCUUGUCGAGGUCAACCAGGCAGUGAAGACAGCCGAGGAUGCUCACAAACUACAAAACAUUCAGCGUAAAUUAGACAGAUCCUCCUAUGACAAGGAGGAGUUUAAGAAAUUGGACCUGACCCAACAUCACCUCAUCCAUGACGGCAAUCUGACGAUCAAGAAGAAUCCUAGCGUUCAGCUGCAUGGCUUGCUGUUUGAAAACAUGAUUGUUUUGCUGACCAAGCAGGAUGAUAAAUACUUCCUAAAGAACCUGCACAUCCCGCAGUCGUUGAGCAAUAAGCCAGUCAGUCCCAUUAUGAGCAUAGAGGCGGAGACUUUGGUGCGGCAGGAGGCGGCCGACAAGAAUUCCUUUUUCCUCAUCAAGAUGAAGACAUCACAAAUGCUGGAGCUACGUGCGCCCAGCAGCUCGGAAUGCAAGACUUGGUUUAAGCACAUCUCGGAUGCUGCUGCUCGGCAGUCGAAAAAUCGUUCGAAGAGCGCCUCAAACAGCCAUGACACAAGCAUCAGUGACCCAGCUCUCACCGCAAUUCCGCAUUCCAGCACCAAGGAGUCGCUGGAGCUGACCACCGAUUGUCCGCAGCCGAUGGCGGCGACAGCCACGUUGACUACAACUCCAUUGGCACCAAUGCUGCCAAUAGCCACGGUUACGCCGGCGCCAGCGACCAGCAACACUAGCUCCCUAACCGGAGUGCAGCUGCGAAAUCCUCAGCGGGAUGUGGGAGCAAAUGAAUCUGAUGCGGAUUACGUAAACACACCGAAGCAGCGUACGAGCCAGAAUGAAGUUAAUCGCACGAUGUCCAUAAGAAGCGCCGGCGAGCCCAACCACAAGUAUUCCGCGAAUGGCACAGAGGCUAGCGACGUCACUUUGCGCCACUCCCAGUCGACCAGGGAGUCGUCGAGGCCAGGAUCCAGCGGAGAGGAAAGAAACUCCACUUACGGCAUGGUGGGAGGUAACUCCAAACGCGACAGUGCCAGCAUUGUUUGCUCCAACAACUCGAACAACACGCGCACCCUGUUGAUGCAGAGUCCCCUGGUGGAUCCCACGGCCAUUCAGGUCAGCAUCAGUCCCGCUCACACCGCGGAACCUGUGCUGACGCCCGGCGAGAAGCUUCGCCGCCUGGACGCCUCGAUUAGGAGUGAUUUGCUGGAGAAGCAAAAAAUCAUUUGUGAUAUCUUCCGUUUGCCCGUGGAGCACUACGACCAGAUUGUGGACAUUGCCAUGAUGCCAGAGGCGCCGAAAGACAGUGCAGAUAUCGCCCUAGCCGCUUACGAUCAGAUUCAAACGCUGACCAAAAUGCUGAAUGAGUACAUGCACGUGACGCCCGAGCAGGAGGUCUCCGCGGUGUCCACUGUUGUCUGCGGCCAUUGUCACGAGAAGGAGAAGCUGCGCAAAAAGGUGGCACCAUCCACGUCGUUUUCCUCCUCAUCGCCGCCACCGCUGCCGCCGCCAAAUAGGCAACAUGCCCAGGCUCAGGCGCAGAUUCCGCCAACGCGGCUGAUGCCCAAACUGCAAACCCUUGAUCUUGACGAAGUUGCCAUACACGAAGACGAUGACGGAUACUGUGAGAUCGACGAGCUGCGCUUGCCAGCGAUUCCGUCGUCCAAGCCGCAUGAAAGGCCCACCACGCCACUGGCUCCGUUCAAAACUGAGCCGCAAGCUUCACAAUCUGUUGUCAUAGAGGCCACCAAACGCCAAAGCACGGAUGAUGUUCCUGAGGGUCUGCGUGAGGAGAAGGAACAAACAGAGGCGGUGGAACAGAAGGAAGUCAAAACAGAGCCGGCAGAUAAGCUACCUACUACAAGUGAAUCGAGUAAUCAAGAGAAGCAAAAUGUGGAAGCGGACAAUACUAAGGAGAAGGCUGAUUCGACGACCGCUGAUAAUGAGGCCUCGGCAACAGUAGAUGGAUUACCAAGCGAGACUAACGAGGAGGAGACUACUGAAAGUGUAGAAAAAUCUGAGGCGGAACACAAAGAGGACGUCGAUAAUUCCAUCGAUGAAGCUAAGGUAUCCACAGUCGAUAGCUCGACGCAGACAUCACCAACUGAAACGGAGAGGUUAACUGGAGGAUCGGGCAGCACCUGUGGGCCGAAUCGCAUACAGCAUGCCAGCGUGCUGGAGCCCAGUGUGCCCUGCCAUGCCCUCAGCAGCAUUGUAACAGUACUGAACGAGCAGAUUUCCAUGCUUUUGCCAAAAAUUAACGAACGCGAUAUGGAAAGAGAGCGAUUGCGUAAAGAGAAUCAACACCUUCGCGAGCUUUUAAGUGCGCUGCAUGAUCGACAGCGAGUUAAUGAAGUAAAGGAAACUCCGUUUGAUCUUUCGAAGCUGAUGCAUGCUGAGGAUGUAGAGUUUGACGACGAUAUUGACGCCAUUUCCAACAGUUCGCUGACGCCGACGCCCACGCCGAUUCCCACGGUCCAGACAGCGGAAGCCAUGAGAGUUACGAGCAACAAGGAUGAGGAAUAGAAAACUUGUUUAAUUUUUUUUUGUAUAAAAUACAUAUUUGUUCUUGUUUUCCCCAAACACCCCAAAACGCAUUUGACCAAUUGAAUUGGCGGCGUCUAUGUUUUACGAGUAGCCUUUCUUAGAGCAUGCCUUUUACUACUGUUAAUGUAGCUUCAUUUGUUUUCCUAAAAUAUUAUUAUUAUGUAUUCCACAAGAACCGAUAACACUUUAAAAUUAAGCCUAACAAUGUCCCCUCGUAAAACUAAUUAAAUACAUAUAUAUAUGCAUAUUAUCGACUUAAAACCAAUAUCAGCUAAAUACACAAUGUUUGAUACAUUUAUAAAGAACAAUAAACAAUAUAGUUAUUGAGAGGAAUA